GCAAAGUAGAUUGGUAAGAGUACCUAGUACUUGUGUGACGUGUUGUGCUUGAGCAAAGAGAACAACACAACAAUGGCUACCACAUUCUUCUCUCCCUUGUCACUUCUUCAUCCAAAAUCCCCGUCUCGCUCUCACUCACCAUACCAAUCUCUCCACUCUCUCAGAUACCGCCACCAAUUUUCCCUCAGUGUGGUUUCUGUGGCCAAAAGGGCAAAUGGGGUGGUGCCGAAAGGUGCUCUAGGUGUCUUGGAGGCCAAUUCUAAUUUCCCCGUUUCUGCUAAAAAAUCAAAUAAUCCAAUUGUUGUGAUUGACAACUAUGACAGCUUUACCUAUAACCUUUGCCAGUAUAUGGGGGAGUUAGGAUUUCACUUUGAAGUCUACCGGAAUGAUGAGUUGACAGUGGAGGAGUUGAAAAGGAAAAAUCCUAGGGGAGUGCUGAUAUCACCUGGGCCAGGGACGCCUCAAGACUCAGGCAUCUCUUUGCAAACAGUUUUGGAACUUGGACCAAUUGUACCUGUGUUUGGUGUGUGCAUGGGUUUGCAGUGCAUGGGAGAGGCUUUUGGAGGGAAGAUUGUUCGUGCUCCUUCUGGCGUCAUGCAUGGAAAAAGUUCUUUGGUUUACUAUGAUGAGAAAGGAGAAGACGGAUUACUUGCUGGACUAUCAAAUCCUUUUUUGGCUGGUAGAUAUCACAGCCUUGUAAUUGAAAAAGAGAGCUUUCCUCACAAUGAACUCGAGGUAACAGCCUGGACAGAAGAUGGUCUUGUAAUGGCUGCUCGUCAUAGGAAAUAUAAGCACGUACAGGGGGUUCAGUUUCAUCCAGAGAGCAUUAUAACCCCUGAAGGCAAGACAAUUGUCCGUAAUUUUGUCAAGCUUAUAGAGAAGAAGGAGGCUGGUGGUUCUUGAAACAAUAUUUCAUUAAUGCCAAAUGCUUAGCGUAUAAUAAAAUUGUGGCUUGACGGCUCAUACAUGAACACAGUUUGAAAUUCUGCAGCAAACCUGAAAGGAAAUAAAAAAAUUAACUUCUUUGUCAGACCACAGUAUAGAAUGAUAUCAUAGCAAAGUUUGGUAGGGAAAAAACAUUGGCCUGAUAUUGAUCUUUAUUAUUUCCUUUUCCUGAACUUAAUAAAUUUCAUUUUAGUUUAUUGUUGGUUCCCUGUACCUUUGUAUAUAUAUUGAGCUUUUCUAUCCUCCUAAUAAUUCUUCUGUUACUUUAUACAGUAAAAGAACUGUAUGGAUUUAUUAUCUCGAAAACUCGUAGAGUAUUUAAUAGCUUCUUCCUUGAG